GGCUACGACGCAUGCGCGGCCCGAGGAGAGCGUCCUUUUUCGGCCACGUCUGCCGGGUCUUCCUGUUUCUGAGAGCAAGACCAGGCUCGGGGGUCGCGGGUGAGAGAUGGGCUUCGCCUGGCUCCCGCUUCUUGCCUUGUGGGCGCUCUCCUCUUCCGCCUUGGCUUGGGACCCCGGCGACUUGGAGCUUUUCGACUUGGUGGAAGAGAUCCCUCAAAACUUCUACGUCUUCCUGGGAGUGGAGCAGGAUGCUUCAUCAGCAGAUAUUAGGAAAGCGUAUCGGAAGCUUUCACUAAUAUUACACCCAGACAAGAAUAAGGAUGAAAACGCAGAAACCCAGUUUAGGCAGUUGGUGGCCAUAUAUGAGGUUUUAAAGGAUGAAGAGAGAAGGCAUAGGUAUGAUGAUAUUCUGAUCAAUGGUCUACCAGAUUGGCGUCAGCCUGUAUUUUACUACAGGCGAGUGAGGAAAAUGAGCAAUGCUGAGUUGGCAUUGCUGUUGUUCAUUAUCCUCACAGUGGGCCAUUACGCUGUAGUUUGGUCAAUCUACCUGGAAAAACAAUUGGAUGAACUACUUAGUAGAAAAAAGAAAGAGAAGAAAAAAAGAGCAGGAGGGAAGAAUACAGAUGAAGUGAAACUUGGUUUAGACAAGAAUGAAAGAAUAUUGGAGAAACCAAAGUGGCAGGAUCUGCUUCCGUUUAAGUUGGGGAUAUGGUUCUACCUAACAGUAAAAUCAUUGCCACAAGUCUUUCAGGAAGCCAGACAACUCUAUGUAGAAUAUAAAGAAACAAAAAUAAAGGAGAAAGAAGAGGCUUUGGCUAGAGCUGAACUUGAAACACUUCAGAAAGAAAAGAAACCUAAAGUCAAGAAACCAAAAUCUGAAUUUCCUGUAUAUACAGUGGCUGAAACAAAUACAUAUAUACCAUCAUAUGAUAAUAGUGCAUCUAUUGAAGAGAUUGAAGAACAGAUAGAUGAUUGGUUGGAAGACAGGAACAAAUCAGCAAAAAGGAAGGCACCUGACUGGACAGAAGAGGACCUUAGCCAACUGACAAGAAGUAUGGUUAAGUUCCCAGGAGGAACACCUGGUCGAUGGGAAAAGAUUGCUCACGAAUUGGGUCGAUCAGUGGCAGAUGUUACAAUGAAAGCCAAACAGAUGAAAGACUCUGUUACAUGUUCCCCAGGUACUGUUCGGCUCUCAGAUCUGAAAAUGUUGGCACAAAACCCAAGAUCCAACAAGGCCAAUGUUAGCUUACCAGAUCAUAUAAUCACACAGCGGGAUAAAGAGGAGGAAGAGGAUCAUGAAGACGAUACAGCAGCAAAGCAUAGUUGGGACUCACAACCAAUAGAUGCAGCGACACUUAACCAGCAAGAAGAAACAGCGUUGACUGAAACCAAACCCCGCAAGCGGAAAACAGUUCCAAAGGCCCCAGAAACCAUAGUCCCUGUUGCAAAAGAGACAACAGAAGACAAGUGUCGAGGGAGACGCCAGAAGGAUUUUGAUAACGUAGAGCAAGAAGAGUACAGUGAUGAUGAGGCUAAGAAAAGAGAAACACCUCGCGGUUCAGAAGACUUGUGGACUCAGAGUCAGCAGAAGCUUCUGGAAGUAGCCUUACAGCAGUAUCCAAAGGGAACGGCAGAGCGUUGGGAUAAGAUUGCAAAAUACGUUCCAGGGAAAAGUAAGGAAGACUGUAUGUCCAGAUACAAGUUGCUGGUUGAACUUGUACAGAAGAAAAAAAUGGCAAAAAGCUGAAUCGCUGAAGAGCUUUACUAUCAGAAUGGGAUAUUUUAAAUAUAUGCCAUAACUUGUAUUUUUGUACCUCAGUAUUUCAGUAUGUCAUGUGCCUUAGUAAAUAAAAAAAUGCCUUCCUUUA